AUGACGGAGGGGCUCGUGAUCCUGCUCGCGCGAGACGACAUGACCGUCUCCCUGGCUGUGAUCCCGGCGACCACGCCGUCUCCCGCGUCCGAGGCAGCGGCGACAUUCCGGCUCGUCGUCGAACAGUCAUACCGCGCGGGAGCUGAGGCUACCGGGGACGUUGACGUGGACACGGCGGAGGACGUGGCGUGCCGUGUCCCCGUCCGCGAGCUGCGCGCCGCCGGCCAGGGCUCGGCGGAGGCGGUCGACGGCGCGUUCGAGGAGCUGGUAGCCAGGCUCGACCACCCGACGCUGCGCCUGGAGGUCGCGCCGGAGGCAAGGAAGGCGGCCGCGCAGGUCCGGGCGAUGUGCGCGGAGGGGGAGCUCGGCAGCGUCGGCCUUGGCGGCGUCGAGUUCCGUCUCCGCUUCCUGUUCGUCGAGCCGGAGCCGGACUACGAGGAGACGGGGAGCGACCUGGAGUUUGACGGGGCGUCCUGGGAGCGAGGCAGAUUGAACGGCCGCUGGAGGUACGAGGACGACCAGGCCGUCCUGGUUGGCGAGGACAACGACGCUGCAGGCGGCGGCCAGUUCUCGGCACGCCCGUACGACGGCGCGCUCACGCGGGAGGGCGGUCCAAGCGACGCGACGCUGCUGCUGUCGGGCUUCGAGGCGCGCUCCGACGGCCCGGAGCUCGCCGACCAGCACGAGCUGACGUCGCGGGACGCGCACCGCCUCGUGCGCCUGGUGCUGAACGGCGGGGACGUGGAGGGCGACGAGGCCUACCAGCGGGCGCUGGCCGGCGGCGCGCCUUUGUCGCGGGUCUCGCGCGCGGUGAUGCUCGACCAGGCGCUGCGAUCCGCGAGGCACCGGCCGCAGCAGCAGCCAACUUCGCCAAGCGGGAUGCCUCCGACUCGGAUGCGCACCGGAUGGUAG